ACAGUUGCCCCGGUGAAGGCUAGGCGCCAUAGUCACGGUAGUCCUGGCGACAAGAGCCAAGCAACGGGAGUCAACAACAACAAGCGGGAUCAAAGGGAAUAAACUUUACCGACUGUUCGGGACAACACCGCGAAAUACAGAACUGGUGCCUUAAAUGAUUGGUUGCCAUGGCGACUUGUGGAUACUCUGAGGACCUUCAGGCUCAGCAGGCUAACACAGUAACCAUAGCAACACCUGCUACCACCACACCCUCAUCUGCCAAGACUGCACACUUCCUGUCGGAGAUCCCGGCAGCCUCUGGAAGCAUCUCAUCGGCCAGCCAAGCAGCCGUGGCCUCUAAAACUGGACAGGAUGCACUUUGUUCACAAGCGCCACCCACCCAGAGCCAGAAGGCAGUGGUGCCAGCUACGUCCACACAGCACUACAUGGGUCAGGACAUCCAGAAGAGCAAUGGACAGAGCCCUUCGACCAAGUACAUUAUAGUGACUGUUACAGAGGGCUCGGCUCAAUCCAAUGACAGUCUGUCAGACUCCAGCCCAUCUGCUUCUAGCAUCCCUACUCAGGUGGUCCAAGCUGUGCAGAGCCCACCACAGAGGUCAGUGUUGCAGGCAGUGACGCAUGGAACCAAAAGGAUUCAGACAGGCCACAUCAGCAGCCUGCAGCAUAUUAACCAGGAGGUUUAUUCGGACACGGUGCAGUACGUGGACGGUGCAGACGAUGCAGCUUUUACCACAUCCGCCAUCCGUUCAAACAGCUUUCCUUUCUCCGAGUCGCCCCUCUAUUCCCAGACCCCUCCCACAUCCUCCUCUGCCUUCUACGAGACCCCGCCCACCUCUGAGUCAGACAUCACUGUGGCUUCACAGUCGGUUUCCAUGGCAACGGCAGGAGUUAAUACAGGGGCUGCUGCUGCUGCCACAGGAGGAGGGGGGUAUGUCCUCCAAGGAGGGUAUAUGUUAGGAGGAGGAGGUGCAGCAGCAACAGGUGGGGGAGGACAGAGUUACUCCAGCCCUAACUCUCGUGCCCCACCUGCUACUGUGCAGUGGUUAUUGGAAAACUACGAAGGGGCAGAAGGGGUGAGUUUACCCCGCUGCACCCUCUACUACCACUACAUCCUGCACUGCCAGGAGCAGAAGCUAGAGCCUGUUAAUGCUGCAUCCUUUGGUAAACUAAUCAGGUCUGUCUUCAUGGGCCUCCGCACCCGAAGACUAGGAACCAGGGGGAACUCAAAGUACCACUACUAUGGGCUGAGGAUCAAAUCAGGCUCCCCUCUGCUCCGACUCAUGGAUGAGCAGCAGCACAUGGCCAUGAGGCAGCAACCUUUCUCCCAGAAAAACAGGAUAAAGCCACUCCAGAAGAUGCAGGGAAUCGCCAAUGGGACAUCAGGGGGGGCGGGUCAGCAGCAGGUGGCGGCGCUUUCUGAUAUUUCAGCCCAGGUGCAGCAGUAUCAGCAGUUCUUAGAAGCAGCUAAGCCGUUGCCAGAAUUUGUGAAAAUUGAUCAGCUGGAUCAAGUCCUGCCAGAUGGGAUCCAUGCUGAACACCUAAAGGCCUUUCAGGCUCUGUACAGGGAACACUGUGAGGCUGUUCUGGAUGUGAUGAUCAACCUUCAGUUUCCUCUGGUUGAGACGCUGUGGAAAUCCUUCUGGAGGUUCAGCCAGAACAACGAUGCUGAAUCACUCAAUCUUCACAACGAGUCUGAGAAACGGCUGCCCAGGUCCUGUUUGGUGGCUCUGUGCAAGUUCGAGCCGGUGCUGCGCUGGACGAGGGAGUGUGACAACCUGCUCUACCAGACUCUGGUUGAGAUCCUCAUCCCAGACGUGUUGAGACCCAUUCCUAGUGCCUUAACUCAGGCCAUCCGUAACUUUGCCAAGAGCCUGGAGAGCUGGCUGACAGGCGCCAUGAUGAACAUCCCUGAGGAAAUGGUUCGCAUAAAGGUGGUGUGCGUAGGCUCGUUCUCGCAGACAUUACGCCGCUACACCAGCCUGAACCAUCUGGCUCAGGCGGCUCGCGCUGUCCUGCAGAACUCGGCUCAGAUCAACCAAAUGCUGUCUGACCUCAAUCGUGUUGAUUUCACCAACGUGCAGGAGCAGGCAUCCUGGGUGUGCCAGUGUGAAGACCGCGUGGUCCAGAGGCUGGAGCAGGACUUCAAAGCGACUCUGCAGCAGCAGAACUCCCUGGAGCAAUGGGCUUCUUGGCUGGAUGGGGUCGUCUCCCAGGUCCUAAAGCCCUAUGAGCAAAACCCUGCCUCGCUGCCAAAGGCGGCCAAAGUCUUUCUGCUCAACUGGUCCUUCUAUAGCUCUAUGGUGAUCCGGGAUCUGACUCUACGCAGUGCUGCUAGUUUUGGCUCCUUCCACCUCAUCCGCCUGCUGUAUGACGAGUACAUGUACUACCUGAUUGAGCACCGGGUGGCCAAGGCUAAAGGGGAGACACCCAUAGCAGUCAUGGGAGAAUUUGCCAGCGCUGUGAAGAGCAGAAACUCUCCAGAUCUGGACAAAGGUAAAGAAAACCUCACUGAUACGUGUUUAGCUUCCACUGAUGUUCAGUGCUUACUGCCACGUUGCCGCAUGUCUUCGUCAGAAGAAGAAGAAGAUGAUGAUGAAGAGGACAGCGAGGAAGACAGUGGAGAGAUCAUGCUGCAGUCCAGCUCCCUGAAGGUGGAUGAGGAGAAGUCAGAGAUGGAACCGCCCGCCAAGCAGCCCAGAACCAGUUUAAAUCUGCACCCUCUGACCUAAGGUCACGGCUCACCACCCUAAACGAAAACGCCUGCAUCAUGAACAUCACCCUCUUCCGUUUUAGAAUCAUGUCAUCAUGUCCUGAAGCCAUUGUUUGCAUUCAGUCUGCUUGUCUGAUAUUUGUGGACGUCGGAAGUGGACGAGCUGAUUUUCUCUGUUCCUCCAUGUUAGCUGAUCAUUACUGCCCCUGACCCUUGUUUCCUGUGCCUUCCCCCAUCUAUUCAGUGCCCUCAGGCCCCUAAAGGUCUAAUCUAUCAGUACAAUAUAUUCUUGAUUUCCCUCCUGUCCUGCCUUAACCACUGACCUGGGUGCUGUGGAGAUGAGAAACCUCCAGUUUUCUUCAGCAUUGCUCUUCAGCUCCAAAUCAUUGAUUGCCUUUAAUGAAAUGACUAUGCAGGAGAUGCAGGACUGUAAUUUUUGACACUGUAAACAUCUAAGAGUAGCAUCUGGAAUGAUACUGCAGCAUGAGUUAUGAUUGAAGCUUAGUUUUCAUUUGUUUUUAUUUGAGGGUGCCAUAUUUUUUUUCUUUUUCUUUUUUUUUUUUUUUACAUUAAAUUUGUUUUUAAUUUGGCUGCCUGAUCUGUGCCUUUAAGAGACUCCUAAUCUCAAAAAAGAAAAGUUUGUGUUCUCUAUAAAGAAAGAAAAACCUAUAUAUUAUAUUCUGUAUUGUGGAUUAAUAAAUGAAUGUCCGGUGAAGUGGUCUUGGUGUUGUUAUGAUCUUGGUAUGAUUAGUGUGCCUGUCAGAAAUAUUCACACCCCUUUCCUUUUUUUUUUUUCUGGAUUGUAUUCUGUUGAAAUGUCUGUCGGAUUCGGGGAUUUUUGUUAUAGACCAACAAAUCGUACUGCACAGAUGUGAACUGGAAAGAAAAGGUGCAAAUUUUUCGAUCUGCACUUUUCAUAAUUACCUUUCUAAUUGCGAUGUCAUGUCUUUUAAGAUUUAUUUAUCCCCGAUUGGAACAAAUAGAGGCUGAAUUGGUGCCCAAUUUUUACUUUUUGUGCUGAAGCCCAUACCAUGAUGCUGCCUUCACCAUAACGCAAGAUGGGGAGGGUUAGUUUUCUACCAAUUUGAUU